UUAGUAUAAAAGUCGGUUAAACAGGGUAACAGCUCGCAAUCCAAGCUGUGCUGUCGUACGCAUCACACAUAAUACAAUACACAACACAACAAAAGUCAGCGGCUCAACAACACAAAACAACAACCUGAACAAAAUGCGUGCUUCGUUGGCCAUAUUGAUUGUGUGCGCGUUUGCCGGCUUGGCAGCUGCCGCUCCACAGAAGGAAUACACGAACAAGUUCGACAACGUCAAUGUCGACGAUGUGCUGGGCAACCGUCGUAUUCUGGGCAACUACAUCAAAUGUCUGAUGGAGACCGGACCCUGCACGGCGGAGGGACGUGAACUGAAGCGUCUGUUGCCCGAUGCCCUCGAGUCAGAGUGCGCCAAGUGCACUGAAGUGCAGCGUCGUAACUCGAACAAGGUGAUCAACUUCCUGCGCGCCAACAACGCUGCCGACUGGAAGAAGCUGCUCGACAAAUACGACUCGAAGGGCAUCUACAGGGCCAAGUACGAGAAGAACCAUAAAGCUUAGGCAGUGAAUAAGAGAGAGAGAGAGGGAGAAAACUAAAAAUAUCAACUAAAACUUCUUAAAUGUAUACUCGUUAUUUAAACUACACAAUAAACACUUGCAUUUUUCUGUCUCAUACCUAUAAAAAUAA